GACGCAUCACGUGAUGUGAAUGAUGACGUGGGUACGAUCCGGCCGAAGGAGAGAAGCUGAUCGGCGAUCAAAAAAGUCCGAAGUGGAUCAACAGCUCAUCAAGUGGAUCCUUGCCUUGUUGAUAUUUGUACUCUGCUUGAUCUUCAAUCUCGUUAGACUCGGAGCUGAAACGAUAGCCUUCAGCGACCGCGACUACGACACUCGCUGAGCACGACCUGACCUUGAUACUUUCCGUCAACCAUCCAGAACCUUUGCUUACCUACCUGCUCAACCUCGAUCACUAUCGACCUCGACUUCGACCUCGACCUCGGACCACCAUGUCCAGCCACAUCGCCCGCACUCGCUCGAUACUCAGGGGCAUCCCUACAUCAUGCACCUCCACCCCUUCCCGUCCCUCAGCAGUACUACGCUCUACCAUCUCUCAAUUCCCAUCCUCCCGUGCUACCUCCAACCCCAAACUCCGAGCGAACUUCAGCUCAUCACGCUCGACCCGGCUGACGUCGGGGUACCGAAGAAGGAGAAAGUCUGGGGGAGCGCCGAUGAGGCGAUCAAGGAUCUGAAGAGCGGGAGUUUGGUUUUGAGCGCUGGAUUCGGCCUAUGCGGCGUCCCCCAAACCUUGAUCAACGCCAUCCGUUCCAACGAAAAGAUCCAGGAUCUGACGGUCGUCUCCAAUAAUGCAGGGAAUUCUGGGAACGGGGGGUUGUCCCCGCUAGUGAAAUCCGGUCAGAUAUCAACGAUGAUCCUCUCUUACGUCGGUACGAACAAGUCCCUGCAAGAAGCCUACCUCGCCGGCCAAGUCACCCUCGAACUCUCUCCUCAGGGUACCAUCGCCGAACGUCUCCGAGCUGGUGGAGCCGGGAUCCCUGCGGUGAUCACGCCGACGGGAGCGGGGACGUUCGUCGAGACCGGUGGCAUUCCCCGUAGACUCUCCCUCAAAAACGAGUCCGAGGGAGCCAAGCAGACGGUACUGCUGGAGGGAAAGAAAAAGAAGGUCAUGGAAUUCGAGGGAAAGCGGUUCUUGCUCGAACCCGCGAUCAAGGGGGACGUCGCCAUCAUCCGCGCGCACAAGGUGGACAAGGCCGGGAACUGCGUGUUCCGUUACACCACCAAGGCUUUCGCCGGGUUGAUGGCCAGGGCUGCCAAGCUCACUAUCGUCGAAGCGGAACAAAUCGUCGAGAUCGGCCAGAUCCCCCCGGAAGAGGUCGACCUUCCCGGGAUUUAUGUCGAUCGGAUCGUCCCAGCGACAGCGGAGAAACAGAUCGAGAUCACCGUGCUCAAAGAAGAACCCCCAUCCUCGUCGGACGGUCCACAGAAAAAGGACCCCGCCAGGAUCCGCCGAGAACUCAUCGCCAGGCGCGCAGCGAAAGAGCUCAAGGACGGGUUCUACUGUAACCUCGGGGUCGGUAUGCCGGUCUUGGCCGCCAGCUACCUCGCACCUGGGACCAACGUGUGGUUACAGUCCGAGAACGGUAUACUGGGGAUGGGUCCUUAUCCUACGGCCGAGCAGGUCGAUGCCGACAUCAUCAACGCCGGCAAAGAGACCGUGACCCUGCUCCUGGGCGCAUCGGUAUUCGACAGCGUAGAGAGUUUCACCAUGAUCCGCGGAGGACAUGUGGACGUCUCCAUCCUCGGUGCCAUGCAGGUCAGCGCGGAUGGCGAUCUUGCCAAUUUCAUGAUCCCGAACAAGUUGGUCAAGGGGAUGGGAGGCGCGAUGGACUUGGUAUCGAAUCCUGACGAGACGAUGGUCAUCGUGGUGACGGACCACACCGACAAGAAUGGCCGGAGCAAGAUCCUCCAGAAAUGUACGCUCCCGCUCACGGGGGUGAGGGUCGCCAGCAAGAUCAUCACCGACCUCUGCGUGUUCGAGGUCGAUCGCAAGCGUGGCGGGUUGACGUUGACCGAGUUGGCCCGGGGCGUCACCGUCGAGGACGUACGGAGCAAGACGGACGCGACGUUUGCUCUGGCCGACAAGAUUGGGACGUACGAGUGAGAUCGAAAAAAGGAGAGUUGGAGGGGAAGGGGCGGUUUAUAGGAAACGAUGACGAUAGCGCCGCCAUGUAGUGACCAGUAACUAGAGGGUGAAGCAGAGCAGACAUUUUGCAUCAUCUUAUCCGAUUCAAUUGGUGUGUUUCAAGG